AUGUCUCCUUCAAAAGUUUAUGAUAACAGCGAAGCUGCUUUAAUUGACAAGCUAAAUCUUCAUGAAGAUGUUAUUCUUCGUCACAAUGCUUCAAUUCCAACUUUAUAUGAAGAUGGUUUACUAGAGAAGAAAACUGCUAUUUCAUCAUCUGGUGCUUUAAUGGCUUACUCUGGUAAGAAAACUGGUAGAUCUCCAAAAGAUAAAAGAAUUGUUGAUGAAGAAUCCUCAUCUGAUAAAAUAUGGUGGGGUCCAGUUAACAAGAAAGUUUCUGAACAAACUUGGAAAAUUUCAAAAGAAAGAGCUGCUGAUUACUUGAGAACUAGAGAAAAAGUUUACGUUGUUGAUGCUUAUGCUGGUUGGGAUCCAAAAUACAGAUUAAAGAUUAGAGUUGUUUGUGCAAGAGCUUACCAUGCUUUAUUUAUGAGAAAUAUGUUGAUUAGACCAACUGAAGAAGAAUUGGCAAACUUUGGUGAACCAGAUUUCACCAUCUGGAAUGCUGGUCAAUUCCCUGCUAAUAUCUAUACUCAAGGUAUGUCUUCUCCAACUUCUGUUGAAAUCAAUUUCAAAUCAAUGGAAAUGGUUAUUUUGGGUACUGAAUAUGCUGGUGAAAUGAAGAAAGGUAUCUUCACCGUUAUGUUUUAUUUGAUGCCUGUCAAUUACAAUGUUUUAACUUUACAUUCAUCUGCUAACCAAGGUAUUCAAAACAAAGAUGUUACUUUAUUCUUUGGUUUAUCAGGUACUGGUAAAACCACUUUAAGUGCUGAUCCAAACCGUUUAUUAAUCGGUGAUGAUGAACAUUGUUGGUCAGAUCAAGGUGUUUUCAACAUUGAAGGUGGUUGUUACGCUAAAUGUUUAGGUUUAUCUGGUGAAAAAGAACCUGAAAUUUUCAAUGCUAUUAAAUUUGGCUCAGUCUUGGAAAAUGUUGUUUAUGAUGAAGAAACAAGAGUUGUUGAUUAUGAUGAUGCCACUAUUACUGAAAACACUAGAUGUGCUUAUCCAAUUGAAUACAUUCCAAGUGCUAAAAUCCCAUGUUUUGCAAACAGUCAUCCAAAAAACAUUGUUUUAUUAACUUGUGAUGCUAGUGGUGUUUUACCUCCAGUUUCUAAAUUAACAAAUGCUCAAGUUAUGUAUCAUUUCAUCUCUGGUUACACUUCUAAAAUGGCUGGUACUGAAGAAGGUGUUACUGAACCAGAAGCUACAUUCUCUGCUUGUUUUGGUCAACCAUUCUUGGCUUUACACCCAAUGAAAUAUGCUCAAAUGUUGUCUGAUAAGAUGUCUGAACAUAAAGCUUCAGCCUAUUUAUUAAACACUGGCUGGACCGGUUCAUCAGUUGCUAAAGGUGGUAAACGUUGUCCAUUGAAAUACACUAGAGCUAUCUUGGAUGCUAUUCACAAUGGUACUUUAGCUAAUGCCUCAUAUGAAAGCUUACCAGUCUUUGGUUUGAAUAUUCCAACUGAAGUUCCAGGUGUUCCAAAAGAAAUUUUGAAUCCAUCAAAAGCUUGGGUUGAAGGUACUUCUAAAUACGAAGGUGAAGUUAAAAAAUUAGCUUCAUUAUUCAAAGAAAACUUCAAGAUUUACUCUUCAGAAGCUACUCAAGAAGUUAUUGCUGCAGGUCCAACUUUAUAA